AUGACGGACAUUGCGACGUCGACAGACACCACGCCGUUUGUGUCCAAAUGGGCUGACCGGUAUCGAGGGGCCACGGUCGAGGAUCUCGAGCCGCCUGCGGCGCUGUCGCUGACGCCUGCCGACACCGUCGCUGAGGCGCUCGAGGCCGCCUUUGAGCGCGACUUCACGCACAUGACCGUCGUCGACGGCUCGACCCGCGCGCUGCUGGGCUACGUGUCGCAGCCCCAGCUGCAGCGCCUGCUUGCGACCGGCCAGGUCGCACCCGCCGACACGCUCGGCAGCAGCGCCGCGCUGACACGGUUCGGCUUCCGCCGGCGCGGCCGCGCCUUUCGCGUCAUCACGCUGCAGACCCCCCUCGAGCAGCUCGAGGCCUUUUUUGCCGGCGCCAUGACCCGCGGCGAGCCCCAGUCGUUUGCCGUCGUCACUGACGAGCGCCGCCGCUUCGUCCUGGGCGUGGCCACGGCCGAAGACUUGCAGGAGUUUGUCAACCGGCGGCCAGCUUGA